AUGUCAUGGUUGAGCGGCCUACUCUGGUCGAAGAAGGAGAUUCGCAUUCUGAUUCUGGGACUGGACAAUGCAGGCAAGACGACACUGCUGUACAGGUUGAAGGUCGGAGAGGUCGUCACAACUAUACCCACCAUUGGCUUCAACGUGGAAUCCGUCACAUACAAAAAUCUCAACUUCAAUGUCUGGGAUCUCGGUGGCCAGACUAGUAUUCGCCCGUACUGGCGGUGCUACUACGCCAACACGGCGGCCGUCAUCUUCGUCGUCGACUCGACCGAUAUCGAGCGCCUGCAGACCGCCUCGGAUGAGCUCGCCACCAUGCUGAACGAGGACGAGCUCAAAGACGCGGCGCUGCUCGUCUUCGCCAACAAGCAGGACCAGCCAGGCGCCAAGGGUGCGGGGGAGAUCUCCGAGGCGCUGCGUCUCGGCGAGCUGCGGGACCGCAACUGGAGUAUUAUGGCCUGCUCGGCGGUGGACGGGAGCGGUGUGAAUGAAGGCAUGGACUGGUUGGUGCAAACCGUGAACCAGGACUAA